GAAGGUGUGUGAGUAUUUCAUUUGGCUACCCGUUGCAGGAUGUUGGAUACACUUCGUUUUUAAACUACUACAUUUUGUAGAGGAGAAGAGGACAGCAUCUAGUGGAUGAACGCUUCCGGGUCCUUUUUACGCGCCCCCCUCCUCCAGGACUCUUCAGAAACUCCCCAGGAAGAGUCCUCCACCAUGGUGUCCUCCAUACAUUCUAAAAGGCUGAAGUAUCUAUCGCUGGGAGUUCUGGUUUUGCAGACCACCUCACUGGUACUCACCAUGCGCUACUCCCGCACUCUAAAGGAAGAUGGCCCUCGCUACCUCGCGUCAUCCGCUGUAGUGUCCGCCGAGGUGAUGAAGAUCAUCGUCUGCACCCUUCUGGUCUUCAUGGAGAACAAUUUGAGUGUGCGGGCCAUGAAGCAGCUGUUGAAGGAGGAGAUUGUGAGCAAGCCUCUGGAGACCAUGAAGCUGGCCAUUCCUGCAGGAAUCUACACACUGCAGAACAAUCUACUCUAUGUUGCCUUGUCCAACCUGGAUGCAGCCACAUAUCAGGUGACGUACCAGUUGAAGAUUUUGACCACAGCGCUGUUCUCCGUCUCCAUGUUGGGCAGGAGGUUGGGUUUCUAUCAAUGGCUGUCCCUUCUCGUCCUUAUGGCCGGAGUCACGUUAGUACAGUGGCCCACGGGGUCUGGAGGAGAUUCAGAACAGAAAGUCCUGUCGGCCAGCGCCCAGUUUGUGGGUCUGAUGGCUGUGCUGAUGGCAUGCAUUUCCAGCGGCUUUGCUGGGGUUUACUUUGAGAAAAUUCUCAAGGAGACCAAACAGAGUUUGUGGGUUCGUAACAUUCAGCUGGGUUUGUUCGGGUUUGUCUUUGGUAUAUUAGGAAUGAUGGUGUAUGACGGCAGGCGAGUGACACAAUCUGGAAUGUUUCAAGGCUAUAGCAAGAUCACUUGCACAGUCGUUGUCUUACAGGCUUUAGGAGGCUUAGUCAUAGCGGUGGUCAUUAAAUAUGCCGACAACAUCCUGAAAGGGUUUGCUACCUCUUUGUCCAUCCUCGUGUCCACGCUGAUCUCAUAUUUCUUGUUGGAAGACUUCAACCCUACUAGUGUGUUUUUCUCAGGGGCAACACUGGUUAUUGCAGCUACAUUUUUGUACAGCUACGAGCGCAGACCUGCCAGUGGCAGCGCUGUAAAAGUAUAACGGAGAGAAGACCUCCCGCCAGCAAAACACAAACGGAGCAGGACUCUGUCAAGUGCUGGAACAAGAUGGAUGUGUUGGGAAUAAAGACUGUUACUGUCAAUCUGCAAAUGACUGGACAGGUAUGCCACUGCAUCGCUGCAGAUUUGCUCAUGAAAUGCAGUGUUGUGUAAACAAAGGAUAUUUCUGUUUUUAAAAAAAAAAAAAAAAUAUUGUAGUAGCUCAUUGCUGGCAGGACUUGACUGGAUAUCUUAAUUUAUUAAAGGAUCAGUUAUUGUCUACAAAGAAGUACGAGUUUUCUUUUUUUUUUUUUUUAAAGCUGGUGUUUAUAGUGGAGAGUGUGUCAACCUCAGAGGAAAAAAAAUGAUGAUAAAGGAUUUAAAGAUUAUGUCAAGUGAAUUUGAAUAUUUGUUCCUCCUUCAUAAAACCAGAAAGCUGUUUGGAUGAAUCCUCUUCAGUGCUUUUGCAAACUACAUUUCUACCCCUAGCAUAGUGCAGUUAGCCUAGCUAGCGGUGCCUACGCUGUAAAAAAAAUGCAUCUUUACUAGAUGCCAUUUACAGAACAGCUCAAACGAUUCAUGUAGUGUGAGCGCAGGCUGAAUAAGAUUUAACAUGUUUUGAAAAUUGUUCUGUCGAUCCAGUAGACCCCAAGAAACCCCAAUCCAGUCUCUAUAGCAACAGACAAAUGUUGCUGAGUGAGUCGCGGUGCAGCAACACAAGAUCCACGCUCAACCAAUAAAACCUGCCAGAGCAUCUUUUCACUAUUUA